CAAGCCGCUCACACGUCGCUGGUUUUGCAGUUUUGCACCUGAGAUAAGGCCAAAGAAAGAACAAGCUUCCGGUGACCGUGCAUUUUUUUAGUGAAGUGUCAGAGAAAUUAUUAAAAUAAUAGCUAUAGAAGCCAUAGAGGGGAAGACGAUAAGAGAGAACCUGACCCCCUGGGGCUGGCUAUGAAAGACUCGAUGAGCAUACUCACCCAAACGCCCAGCGAGCCCAACGCAGCGCACAGCCAGCUGCAGCAGCACCACCAGCUCCACCAACUCCACCAGCACCACCAUCCGUACGGCCUGCAGCCACCGCCGGUGGCGUCCAUUGGCAUCCACAUCCACGGCACCGCCAUGUCCUCCGGCGGCGGCGGCAGCACCACCACCACGGCGGCGGGCCUCAAGCCCAACCGAUCCCGCUUCAUGAUCAACGACAUCCUGGCCGGCAGUGCGGCGGCCGCCUUCUACAAGCAGCAGCAGCACCACCAGCAGCAGCUGGACCACCAGCACCACAACAACAACAACUCGGGCUCCAGCGGCGGCAGCAGUCCCGCUCACAACAACAACAAUGGCGAGGGCUUCGAGGCACCACCCGCUGCCGGCGGCGGUGGCGCGGCCUUGCCACCUGCCCUGCACCACCCACAGCCGCAUCCGCAUCCGCCACAUCCGCACCCGCACCCGCACCAGCUGAUGCACCCGCACGGCAAGCUGGGGCACUUCCCGCCCACCGCCGGCGGCAACGGGCUGAACGUGGCCCAGUAUGCGGCGGCCAUGCAGCAGCACUAUGCCGCUGCUGCCGCGGCUGCCGCGCGCAACAAUGCGGCCGCAGCUGCCGCCGCGGCGGCCGCUGCUGCGGCUGCCGUGGGCGCUGGCGGCCCACCCGGAGUGGGUGGCGGCGAGGCGGGCGUGGGGGUGGUGGCGCCACCGAAGAGCGGCGACCUGGACGACAGCAGCGACUACCACGAGGAGAACGAGGACUGCGACAGCGACGAGGCGGGCGGCAGCGGCCACAUGGACGAUCACAGCGUUUGUAGCAAUGGCGGCAAGGACGACGAUGGCAACAGCGUGAAGAGCGGUUCCGCCAGCGACAUCAGCGGGCUGAGCAAGAAGCAGCGGAAGGCGCGCACCGCCUUCACGGACCACCAGCUGCAGACGCUGGAGAAGUCCUUCGAGCGCCAGAAGUACCUCAGCGUGCAGGAGCGGCAGGAGCUGGCCCACAAGCUGGACCUCAGCGACUGCCAGGUGAAGACCUGGUACCAGAACCGCAGAACCAAGUGGAAGCGGCAGACCGCCGUGGGCCUGGAACUGCUCGCAGAGGCCGGCAACUUCGCUGCCUUCCAGCGGCUGUACGGCGGAUCGCCCUACCUGGGCGCCUGGCCGUACGCAGCCGCCGCCGGAGCCGCCCACGGGGCCACGCCCCACACGAACAUCGACAUCUACUACCGCCAAGCGGCCGCCGCGGCCGCCAUGCAGAAGCCGCUGCCCUACAACCUGUACGCCGGCGUCCCGUCCGUCGGCGUGGGCGUGGGGGUGGGCGUGGGCCCCGCUCCGUUCUCGCACCUGUCCGCCUCCAGCUCGCUGUCCUCGCUGAGCAGCUACUACCAGAGUGCGGCGGCCGCGGCUGCCUCGAAUCCGGGCGGACCGCACCCGGUGCCGCCGCCGCCCUCGGUGGGCGGUGGGGGAUCGCCGCCGAGCGGCCUGGUCAAACCGCUGCCGGGGCGCUCCGAUCCCGCGUCCGCCUCCCCGCCGCCAAGGCCGCCGUCGACGCCCAGUCCGACGCUCAACCCGGGCAGUCCGCCCGGGCGGUCCGUGGACAGCUGUUCGCAGUCGGACGACGAGGACCAGAUCCAGGUGUGAGCGGUACGGCGACCGUGUGCGUGUGUCCGUCACUGGGUUUGUGCCGUCUCAAAAACGUGAUAUUCAGGGGGGUGCAAUCCGCAGAUCAAUCUUAUACCUAUCAGAACUAGAUAGGAAGAGAUUAAACCAGGGGAUUUUUAUUUCGAAAUUAGCUGGCUACAUAUCAAUUUUUUCUGUUCUUGAAUUAACGCUUUAGACACUGGUAGAAAAAUUUCCGUAAAGCUUUAAAUUGAUCACAAAUUGCAUAAUAAAACACCAUAUCAUCCAUGCUUUUUAUGGUUCGAACUUGAGUACAAAGUAUUUUGCUUCAUUGAUUAGACAUAUUUUUCAAGGCAUUUAUAAACUUAAGACCAAAUCACAAAGGAUUGUACUUGUAUGGCUUACUCAUAGGCCCAAAGGUAGCACAAACGUUCAGUAUUGAAAACAAAAUGGUAUGGAUGACAACAAUAUACGUUUCGAUAUAGCAAACCAAAUCCCCAAGAAUUCACGUUUUUGAGCCCCGCUUGUCUGUGUGUGCUGUGUGUGUACAUAAUCAUAUAUCUGUGUGUGUGCUUGCCUAAUUUAUUUGAUUUGCUCUUAGUAACUUAUUCGAAAUGUGUUUUAAACUUUUUUAACCUAAGCUAACGGAAUACGAUUAAAAAGGAAUAUUUAUUUGAAUGUUGUAAAAACUAGCAGCCAAAAAAGCAAAAGAAUUUUGUAUAGUUAAGCCUAACCACGAAAUGUAUUACCGAAUAAACCUUUUUUUUUGUAGCCUAAACGUUGUAUCUGUAAAUGUGAAGUAUACUUAACCGCAUAUUUUUUUGUCUAAAUAAAAACAUUGAUAAUACG